AUGUCGCUGCCCGACGACGGCAGUCGCAGCGGUGGCUUGGCGGCGCCGCUGCUCGGCUUCGUGCUGCACUGCUGGUCGGAGGGCGCCUCGGUGGCCAAGGUUCUGCUUAGCGCUGCCGAUGGUGCGCGGCUCGGUCAGGAAAUCCUCGACCUGCUUCGGGGCAAGCCGCCUGACGCGAGCGAGGGGCUGAGGUCCGCUGCCGAGGCCUGGUGGCCACGCGCAACUGGGCAGCUCAGCGCUGCACAGGGAGGCGUGGGUGCGGAGGCGACCGACGACAGCGGACGCGACGCAAGUCAUGCGCAGCUGGCGGGCGCUGAGAGAGACGCUGAGGGAGACGACGGCGCCCCUCCCGGCGACCACCCGCCGAAGGACGGAGGAGGAGCCUCAGGGGCCAGCGGCCCCCCUGAGCAUGGCGAGCGGCCAUUUCCUCCAGGCCAGAGGCGCUACGCCGAGUACGCCUGCUCUGCGGCGGUGGCGUUCGACACCGCAGCGCUGGCGCGUGCGCGACCAGAGCACCCCUUCGUGGGCAAGCGCGCCAGCCCAGGCAGCGACGAGCAGGCCGACGGGCACGGGCAGACCGCAGGAGCGCUCGCCGAGGAGCCAGCGCGGCUGGCUACUGAGCCGCUGGACGGGCCGUCCACGGACCGCCGCGCCCGCGCGGCCAGCGACGCCGCCCGCGGCGAAUGGCAGCGGGCGGGACGCCGCCCUGGGAGCGGAGCUCGCCCCGCAGCUCGCCGGGAGUUGGCCCAGGAAGUUGCGGCGCAGGGAGCGCACGACUGGGCCCAGCGGCGGGCUGCGGCAGCCGAGCAAAACAGAAGGGAGACAGCCGCCGUGGAGCUGCAGAGGCACGGGCGCGGUUUGCUGGCCAGGCGGGCGCGGGCGGAGGUAUCAAUGGCGGCGACUACGCCCGCGACGCCUCCCGCGCAGACCAGGCGGCGGGCAGCACAGAAGCAAAAGGGGAAGCUGAGAGAGCUGCAGGCCCUGAACGACGCCGCGCUAGAGGAGGCCUACCAGGCGCAGCUGCUGGCGACGGCAGAGGCGGUGAAGGCGUCCACCGCGCAGGAGGAGCUGCUGGGGCCUGACGACAUGAGCAAGAUGCAGGAGAGCUGCCAGGGCGACCAGGGCAGGCACCUGCACUUCUACGGCAAGGAGGUGUGCAACGGCUACGUUAUGACCGCCUACGCCGCGGAGGGGCAGGGCGAACAGGGCAGGCACCUGAGCAUCGACGAGGAGGAGGUGAGCAACGGCGACGGCAAGAGCGCCUGCGCCGCCACAGAGGAGCAGGAGCCGCUGGGGCCCGACGGGGAGAGCCUGAAAUUCAAGGGCGACCAGGGCAGGCACUUGCAUUUCGACAGCACGGAGGGCUACCAGAGCAGUCACUUGCACGUCAACGGGAAGAAGGUGAGCAACGGCGUCUCGCUGAGGGCUGACGCUGAGACGGAAGCCCAGACACUGCAGAACGGCAACAAGGCGAGUUACGACGACAGCCAGGAGGCGGAGGUUGCCCGCACGGCAAAGGCAGACGGCACCCUCUGGGCCAAGAGUGUUGCAGGCGUGCGGGGCCAGGCCCACGGCGCGGAGAUCCAUGCUGUGGAGGAGCUGACGGCUGGGCUGCAGAAGGACCUGGCAGCGGCGGGCGCGCAGAAGGCACUCGCCCUGAAGGACGCCGCGGACCUCGCGAUGGAGCUCAUCCGCGAGGAAGUCGAGGCGCGCACGGGCAUCGCCCUCGGCGCCUUCAACGUCACAGAGCGGGCGCCCGCCCGCAACGGCCUCGCUGCGGCCGUGCGCGGAGGCCUCAGCACGGCAGACCUCGUGCAGCGGUGGAUCGAGGCCCUCACGGCCCACGCUGGUGAGGCAGGCCGGAGCAGGGCGCCAGGUUCGCCCGACGACGCCGAGGACGAGGAGGAUGGUGACCUGAUGCCCGAGUGGCGCAGGGUCGAGGCGCUGAAGAAGGAGCUCAAGGUUGCCAAGGCCGAGGUGGCCACGGCGGACACCGAGGCCAGCUCCCUCAAGGCCUCCGCGCUGGCCGCGGCCGAGCGGUCCAAGAAGGCUGGACAGAUGAACGAGUCUGCCAGGGCCGAGUCCGAGGCCGCCGCGGAGAAGCUGCGGGCGGCGAAGGCCAUCGCCGCCGAGGCCGCCGCCCGGCUCAAGGAGGCGGAGGAGGCCUCGAAGGCCGCGGCGCGGGAGAGCUCAAGGAGGUGA